AUGGUCGUCUUUAGCAAAAUCACAGCUGUCAUCGUCGGUCUCUCGACCAUUGCGUCUGCUGUGCCUGUGGUUCAGUCGCGGAAGGGCUUCACUAUCAACCAAGUGGCCAGGCCUGUGACCGACAAGAAGACCGUCAAUCUUCCAGCCGUUUAUGCCAAUGCUUUGUCCAAGUAUGGCGCUACUGUCCCUGCCAGUGUCAAGGCGGCUGCAAGCUCCGGCAGCGCUGUUACUACCCCCGAGCAAUAUGACACGGAAUACCUGACUCCCGUCAAAGUUGGUGGAACAACCCUGAACUUGGACUUUGACACUGGCUCUGCAGAUCUCUGGGUCUUCUCCUCCGAGCUUUCUGCUUCCCAAUCUAGCGGCCAUGCCAUCUACAAGCCAUCCUCCACUGCCAAAAAGCUGAGUGGCUACUCCUGGCAGAUCUCCUAUGGUGAUGGUAGCUCUGCCAGCGGUGACGUCUACAAGGAUACGGUCACUGUGGGUGGUGUCACUGCCCAGAGCCAGGCUGUGGAGGCUGCCAGCCAAAUCAGCUCUCAAUUUGUGCAGGAUAAGGACAACGAUGGUCUGCUGGGUCUGGCAUUCAGCUCCAUCAACACAGUCUCUCCCCGGCCUCAGACUACUUUCUUUGACACUGUCAAGUCCCAGCUGGACUCUCCUCUCUUUGCUGUGACCCUGAAGUACCACGCUCCAGGAACCUACGACUUUGGAUACAUUGACAACUCCAAGUACAAGGGACAACUCACUUAUACCGACGUCGAUAGCUCCCAGGGUUUCUGGAUGUUCACUGCUGAUGGCUACGGUGUUGGCAACGGAACUCCCAACUCCAACCAGAUCAGCGGCAUUGCUGACACCGGCACCACCCUCCUGCUGCUUGAUGACAGCGUCGUUGCUGACUACUACCGGCACGUUACUGGGGCUAAAAACAGCAACCAAUACGGUGGUUAUGUCUUCCCCUGCUCCACCAGCCUUCCUUCCUUCACUACCGUCAUCGGUGGCUACAAAGCGGUCAUUCCCGGCAACUACAUCAACUUUGCCCCGGUCACUGACGGCAGCUCCACCUGCUUCGGUGGUAUCCAGAGCAACUCGGGCUUGGGCUUCUCCAUCUUCGGAGAUAUCUUCCUCAAGAGCCAGUACGUCGUCUUCGACUCCCAAGGCCCCAGACUCGGCUUUGCCGCUCAGGCCUAG